AUGUCCACUGACCGCCAAUGCGAAUCCUGCGAGGAAGUCACUGUUACCCAUUACUGCGUCAGCUGCGACUCGCAUUACUGUGAUCCUUGCUGGAAAAGGCAAGGUCCUCAUCGACCAGGCAAAGUUGGUCAAGACGGCUUGCCCCACGAAAAGACCGACCUCAAUGUUGUUGAAGCACUACGCGAUAUUUUAUCUCCACCGUCAUCGGUCGCCGAGCAAGAUGAGCUGCACAGGGAAGAUUUGGACACUACAUGGUUUGGCGUUGUUCAUGAGGACAAUGUGCCAGUUUUCCAAAACUACGAUCGUUACGCUUCCGUCAUGGCGGAUAGUCUUUGUUCAGACACCGACGUGAGAUAUCCGCAAUUGGUAUCCUUCAUCGGUCAAACGGGAGCGGGAAAGAGCACGCUUGUGAAGAUGCUUAUCAACCAUCAAGGACCUGGGAUCACUGAUAGUAGUUCCAAAUUUCCUUCGCCUGUUGUGGGCUCUGCGAUCAACAGCACGCCAACCUCAGCAGAUGUUCACUUAUACGCCGACCCUGGAACUUACUACCAACAGCGUCCGUUGCUUUAUGCAGACUGCGAAGGUCUCGAAGGGGGGGAAAGAGACCCGCUUGCAGAAAAACACAAGGCAGCGGACGAUCGUCCUGCAUUACGUGCGAGGCAAAAGUCCAAGCCGGUCAAGAAGUUGCAAAAAGCUGCCCGUUGUUCUCGGAUCGAAUGGGCAACGACGCCUGAGAAGCGAAAGAGGCAGUUUGCAGUAACUCAACUCUAUCCACGUGUGUUGUACACAUUCUCGGACGUUAUAGUCUUUGUCCUUCGCAACUCGAAAACAUUCGAGGCCGUGCUUGAGAAACUGCUGAAUUGGGCUUCAGCUUCUAUCGAGAAAUCCUUGAACCAACCGCUGCUACCACAUGCCAUCAUCGCAUUAAAUGCUACAGAGAAUUCGAUUGAUCCUAGUCAGUGGACAGUCAAGGAGGCUACUCAGAGGCUGCUCUCGGAUAUCGAUGAUUCAAUCGCCUUGGUACCGCAGUUUGCUAAUUAUGCCGAGUAUUGGCGUAAUCGGGGCAAGAAGAUCAAAUCUAUGAAGGACCUCAUAGAGUGCUUUUAUUCUUCAGUAACAGUUGUGAGGAUACCUACCAAGGGCCGGUAUAUGCUGAUCAACGAACAAGUUGAAAAACUGCAUCAGGAAAUCGUAUCUGCCUGCAACAAUGCUUACAUCGCUAGGCAAAAGGCACGAAUGCUAUGCGAUGCGGACGGUCUGCAGAUCUACCUUCAAUCCGCAUUCGAUCAUUUCUCCCGUGAUCUUGAUACGCCAUUCAAUUUCAUAGAGGUCUCUCUGAAGAAUAACCCUAUACCGCUCGAUUUCAGAGGCAACAUUCUGAAGUUGGCCUUGGCUAUCCGAGAUUGGUCACAGGACUCGAUUCGCAGUGGUCCUCGGAUCUUCAAGAUUCUUGGACCAAUGGUCGCUUCGUGUAUUAUGCUCGAUUUUGCCCGCCAGAAAUACCAAGGUACUGCUACGGAACUGUUUGACAAGCAUUAUCUUCACCACUGCUUUCAGGCUCUCGAGGAUUUCUGCGCUUUCCACUGGUGUUGUCACUUCGCAAACAGGAGCGGCAAAUGCGUCAAUACUCGGGCUGGUCAUGCUAAAGGCCAUCAGAAUGAAAGAGGCAAAAGCAUUGCGGGAGGAGAGUUUGAGUCGAGCUUCUCCGCGGACUCAUACUGUGAGAUUUGGAAAAUGGAGCUGCAGGACAAUGUUCGAGAGAUCGAAAAGACUCUUCAAAGAGAGAUUUUUGGCAAUCCAAGCUUCGGUGAGGAAGCUGCGGCUCACAAGCUGCACCUUCACCGCUUGAAUGACUUUUACGGAAAGUUUGGCUCCGCUUACAAAGUUGUCAGUCAUUCGACUUGUUUCUGCUGUUUGAGAGAGCUCCCCGAGCAUGCGCUCCCUUGUGGGCAUGUCUUGUGUACACCAUGCAUAAAUUCCUACGGCAUUGCCGUGGACAAAUACUGCAUAUCCAUGUGGCGAUGUCCACUACACACCGACGACACAGUGUGGAAGGAACCAUACCUGGUCAGACUCAAACCUCCUCACGCCGGAGUACGCAUUUUGACCCUGGAUGGUGGUGGUUUCCGCGGUAUCGUGGAGCUUGAGGUUCUCAAAGCCGUUGAACGCACUCUAGGGGGCAAAAUCCCUAUCCAGGCUUUCUUCGAUCUUAUCGUUGGCACAAGCACGGGCGGCAUCAUCGCUCUCGGAUUGGGCGUGCAAGGUUGGUCAGUUGAUUCGUGCAUUGACAAGUUCAAGUCGCUUUGCGGUAGGGCGUUCUCACCGCGAGACUUCCGCGGGAUCCCCGGCUUUCGAAAGCUAGCCUUCGUGCAUCAUCAUGCCAUGUAUAAGACACGGCCUUUCGUAGGAGCACUUUGCGAGGCUUUUGGCGAAGCCCGUUUGUUUGGCGGACUGCAAGACUCGAACAGCUAUCAAACAAAGGUGGCGGUCACAAGUGCAACGGGCACGGGACAACAGGCCGUAGUCAUCAGUAACUACAAUCGGCCUAGGAACUCUGAUGAUCAACAAGGCUACAGGUACGAGCGGCCUGAUAAGCCGGAUCUUGAGCUCAAAGUCUGGGAAGCAGCUCGGGCUACAUCUGCUGCCCCAAAAUAUUUCAAACCGUUCCUCUGUGAGCGCACCGGCAAUCUGUACUGGGAUGGUGCGCUCUAUCACAACAACCCAGUGAACGUUGCAAAUCACGAACGAAAACUUCUGUGGCCAGACACGGCCAAUUCGCACCCGGACAUUGUCCUAUCGAUCGGGUCUGGUAGCAAGCACUAUCUCAAUACUACAGAAGAGUCAAGAGAUCGACUCAGGAAAUCGCCAUCACCCAGCUCUACGUACCCUCCACAUGAUGUUGAGAGUAAUAGAGUACUAGUAGAUUGGGCGAGGAAACCCAAAUGGACCCACUUGUGGACGGUGCUAGUCAAUCGGGUGAGGGAUGUUCUGGACUCCGACCGGAUAUGGGAGAGCUUUCUGUUGGACGUAGCGGAACCGCAAUCUUUGCAGCGAGAACGCUACAUCCGGCUCAACAUUGAUUUAGGGUUUGACCCUCCCGCUUUAGAUGCGGUCGAUCAAUUGGACAACGUCCAGACCGCUGCACGGGACCAGUUGUAUGGAGCGGCGCCUUACAAAUCGCAGAUUCAACAAAUAGCGGCUCGGCUUGUGGCAAGCUGCUUCUUUUUCGACAAGACCGCUGGCUCGUUGUCGGAGACUGACUCGGGGUUCCAAGUCUCUGGUGCAAUUUAUUGCAGGUUUGGUGGGGAGUCUGCAAGUAUGCGAGCACUCGGAGACUACCUAAGGCUGCAGCAAACUCCCGACUUUCAGCCUUACUUCUCGAUCGAGGAGAGAUAUAGAGAAGCUCACGCUCAGCGUGUCAUUAUCAGGGAGAGCGUCAUCUAUGACAUGAUAUCCCGGGCCAGGUUUAACAUGGAACCGGUUACGGUACAUACGUCGAAGCAAGCCGCGCGGAUUACGAUCUCUCUGUAUCUGAAGCCUGAACAAGGCUUCGCAAUCAGUGGAUUUCCACGUUCGCUCAUUGUCGAGGAGUCGCUCAAAUUAACGCACCAAAAGUCACCGCCUGUCACUCCGCGGCCCAUAUUUAAGUCCGAAUACCAUCAACAUUCAGCGACGUCCAGUAAAUCGUCACGCAGCUUAUCCGCUCCCAUAGUCAACCGUGACGUCUACCACAGGUCAAAUUCUUAUCCCUUCUACGACGAAGCAAAGGAAGACGAGAACAUGAAUGGUGCACGUGUUCGAUCGGUUACUGAGACAUACGUUCCAACGCUGCACGCUCAAGCAUCUUCAAUCCUCGAGAAUGAGAGCAGCGACGAAUGGGAUCCUGCUGAUGGAAGUUCAACUUCUACCCGGAUAGAGCUGCUCCCUAGCCAGAAUGCUGACGGGUCACUCCUUGACGUACAACUCAGUCUGGCUGACGCGGAUAUUGGAAGGGCAUUGGAAGAAAGGUUCAAGAAACGAGAUAGCGACGAUUGGUAA